AUACCCAUGGAGCCCUAGGAACCAAACUCCAUGCCAAAACACACAGCUCACACACAUAGCUGCCAUUAGCAACAACCGCAAGCAACUCCAUUAACUAGAUUCAUCUCCCACUCAGCUCACCGAGUUGUGCUUAUCGCCGUCCAUUUGGGAAUCGUUCAAGAUGAAGAAGGCGUCCAGGUUCCUGAAGCAGCUGUUCUCGGCCAUCGUGGCGGCGGUGAGGGAGAGGUCCGCGGCGACGCGCGCCAGGACGAGCGCCGCGCGGACGCGGUUCGUCUUCUUCGGCAUCCUCCGCAAUAAGCAGCUCCUGAGGAACGCCAUCAACAGCAAGAUCCACGCGAUCGUGGGAGGCGGCAGCGGCAAUGGCCAGCACCUUGUUGCGGCCGGCGGCGGCGGUAGGACGGUCGCCGUGCUGGAGAAGCUGCCGAGCUUCGUCGCGGAUCAGGGGAGGAGGGCCGCCGUGCUGCUCAACAGCCUGCCGAGCUUCUUCAUGGGUAGAGACGGCGGCAGCGACUCGCCGCUGGUUGGCGGCGGUGGCGAGGAGGGGAAAGAGGAGGGCGACGAGGGCGUGACGAAGCAGCUGCAGCUGGCGAACGUGCCGCCGGGGUCGGUGAUCGAGCAGGCCCGUGGCGCGGUGGAGCGAGGUGGCGCGGAGUUCAAGCUGGAGGACGAGAUAGACCACGUCGCCGACGUGUUCAUCCGGAGGUUCCACGACCAGAUGAAGCUGCAGAAGCUUGAGUCCUUCAAGAGGUUCUGCGAGAUGCUCGAGAGAAACUAAUUAACGCAAACAGCGGGCGGAAUAAUCGCCGCGACAUUGAUCGGUGCGGUGCAUUGCAUGGUUGUGGUUGAUCUAAUUAAUCCCUAUGAUUAAGGCUGAGGUUUAUCAAUCAAGUAACCUCCGAAGCACUUGAAAAAUAACUGUCGCAUACUGUCGCUUCCAAAUUC